GAAUGUGGUUCUUCCUGGCGAGCACGAGUGCCGAGCGACUGGCUCACUUCUCUUGCCACCUGCAGCCUCGCCAGGACUCUGAGCGGAGCCUCCCGCCAGCCACCGUCCGCUUUUUGAACAGAGAAGAGCUCGGGAAAAAAGACGAAGCAUCAUGAGCUUCACCCAGCCGGAGGAGCAGUUGGCCUACGAGCUGAGCUGCGCCAUCUGCCUGCAGAUCUACGCCGACCCCGUGGUGCUGCCCUGCGGCCACAACUACUGCCAGGCCUGCAUCUCCCGGUCCACGGGCGAGGCGGCGCCGCGCUGCCCCGAGUGCCGCAGGGAGUUCGCCGGCGUCCAGGCCCUGCAGAGGAACUUCAAACUGUCCGGCAUCGUGGAGGGUUACCUGGCGGCCUCGUCCGGUCCGAGCCCUCAGUCCAGCCAGAAGGCCACGGAGGAGUCGCGCGAGCCGGAGUCCGAAGACGGGAAGGGGAAGGAGGCUCAGGGCAAGUGGGAGCUGACCUGCUGUGACCUCCACGGACGUCCGCUGGAGUACUUCUGCUCCAAGGACAUGACCCUGCUGUGCUCCAAGUGCUUCAUGGAGGGUCGGCACCACGGCCACGACGUUCUCACCUACGGGGUUGCCGAGGAGGAGAUGAGGCUCGCCCUGGAGGUCCGCACCAAGGUGGUUUCCAGCAGGCUGCAGAUGACCCAGUUCCUGAUCCAGAAGGCCAAGGAAGAGCGGGGCCAGUCCGAGGCCAUCGGGGACAAGCUGGUCAACAAGGCCGUCACGCUGGUGGACACCAUGGCCGGCCUGGUGGACGGGUACAGGGAGAGAUUGCACACGCUCAUGGAGGAGGAGCGAGGCCAGCGUAGGAAGAGCUGGCAGGUGGGACUGAGUGCACUGGAGGACAAAGAGCAGCUGCUGGUGGACGCUCAGCAAAGUGCAGCCGAGGCUCUCGGAGAGACGGACACCUGUGCGUUCAUACACAGGUUCAUGUCCAUAGAUCAGAAGAUGCAAGAGGCGGUGACAGGCACCAUCCCCUGCAAGAUCCCCACCAAAGCUCCCCUCAACACCAAGCAGCUGCAGGCCAACCUCAGGACCGAGGGCUUCCGAGCGGAAAUGAGCCGCCUCUGCGAGUCCCUGUGCAUCCUCCUCAAUCCCCUGGAGCUCACCUUCAACUCCUGCACGGCCCACCCCAGCCUGCAGCUGAGCGCCGACCAGCGCACGGUCAAGUACAGCCCCGGCAAGCAGCCCUACGCCGACCACCCGGAGCGCUUCACCAGCGCCCCGCAGGUCAUGUGCAGCCAGGGCUUCUCCGGCGGCGAGCACGUGUGGGUGGUGGAGGUGGGGCCCGACAGCAUGUGGUCGCUGGGGGUGUGCUACAAGAGCAUCCCGCGCCGCGGCGACCACAGCCGCCUGGGACACAACUCGGUGUCCUGGCGGCUCCAGUGGAAAAGCGGGAAGCUGACAGUGUGCAAGUCCUCGUCCAACGUGGUCCUGCGGGAGAUGGUCAAGCAGCCGGAGAAGAUCGAGGUGGCCCUGGACUAUGAGGGCGGCACCCUGAUGUUCCACAGCAUCAAAAACCACCGAGAGCACCUGCACACCUUCAAGGCCGGCUUCAAAGAGGCGGUUUAUCCUGCGUUUAGCAUCCACUCCAGCACACCCGAAUCCUGGAUUACUCUCCACUGUGGCUUGUAAUAACACUCCCUGCCAAAAAAGACGUCAUAUAUUCAAAAGGAUGCAUCUGCAGUGAAUAUAGUAACACAUUAUUAAAGCAUAUCAACAUCUAGCACAGUGGUUCUUAACCUUGUUGGAGGUACCCAACCCCACCAGUUUUAUAUGCGAACCAGGCCUGGCCCUAACCAAUCUGGCGCCCUAGGCAAGAUUUUAGGUGGCGCCCCCCCACAUCGGCAGUGAAGUGUAUAUACUCACAAGAAACCGAAUAGUUUUGUCUUUGACCUUUUUUUUUACUUAAAGAAAGCAAAUGAACAUAUUAUAUGAGAAUGUUAUGUUAUGAUUAUAUUUAACCGAAUCACAGCAGUGCUCAAAUUAAAAAACAGCAUUCCCUCUCAUGUGAUAUUGCUUAAUUAACAUUAAUGAUGUGCACUUUAACAACUAGGCUUACAACUAUACCUAAUAUAUAAAGGAGUGGAAAAGUGACUAUUACCUGCAGGGCAAACAUUAGCUAACCAGAAGGCAAUAACAAUGUCAACAAAAAACACCUGCUUAAAAGAUCUAAAACAAAUGAAUGUAAGGUGGGAGUACUGUAAUUACCUAACGUUACAUUAUUAUUUUCCAUAACAAUUUAGCCCCCUCCACAAUAUUAACCCGACGUUAAAACAGAACUGGCUAUUUAUUGAUUAGCAAUUGCCGAAUCAUGUAACAUUAGCUUAAUGCUAAAAAGCCAGGUUACUAUCACAUUCUGUAACAGACAAAUCAUUUCAUGUAGGCUAACGUUACCUACCUGCUACCUCUGUCUUUUUCUCGUUUCUCCUCCUCUUCUUUUCUAUUUUUUCUUCCCUGGGCACCUGACAGUUUUGGCCGUUUUGACAUCUCGUGUUGAUUUUUUGAUGU